GGCCACUCUUGAUCAAGCUUUACUCAGCCGGCGAUGUUAUUGAAACCCGGAAAUAAGCUUGUCUCGCCGGAGACGAGUCAUCAUCGUGACUCUGCCUCAAACUCAUCAAACCAUAAAUGUCAACAACAAAAACCGCGUAAAGAUAAGCAGAAGCAAGUUGAGCAAAACACAAAGAAGAUUGAAGAACAUCAAAUAAAAUCAGAGUCGACUCUGUUAAUCAGCAAUCACAACGUUAACAUGAGCUCCCAAAGCAACAACAGCGAAAGCACAUCCACUAAUAAUUCCUCUAAGCCUCACACGGGAGGAGAUAUUAGGUGGGACGCAGUGAAUUCCUUGAAAUCUAGAGGAAUCAAGCUUGGAAUCAGCGAUUUUCGUGUUUUGAAACGGCUAGGCUACGGAGAUAUCGGUAGUGUUUAUCUUGUUGAACUCAAAGGGGCAAAUCCCACGACGUAUUUCGCGAUGAAAGUGAUGGACAAGGCUUCUCUUGUGAGCAGGAACAAGCUGUUGAGAGCUCAGACUGAAAGAGAGAUCUUGUCUCAGCUUGAUCAUCCUUUCUUGCCUACUCUUUACUCUCACUUCGAAACUGAUAAAUUCUAUUGCUUGGUGAUGGAGUUUUGUAGUGGUGGAAAUCUCUAUUCCUUGAGACAGAAGCAACCCAACAAGUGUUUCACAGAAGACGCUGCAAGGUUCUUUGCAUCAGAAGUGUUAUUAGCAUUAGAGUACUUACAUAUGCUCGGAAUCGUAUACCGAGAUUUAAAGCCAGAGAACGUUCUGGUUCGAGACGACGGUCACAUUAUGCUCUCCGAUUUCGAUUUAUCCCUCCGAUGUUCAGUCAACCCAACACUUGUCAAAUCUUUCAACGGCGGUGGAACCACCGGAAUCAUUGACGACAAUGCGGCGGUACAAGGAUGUUACCAACCAUCCGCAUUCUUCCCACGAAUGCUCCAAUCCUCGAAGAAAAACCGUAAAUCCAAAUCCGAUUUCGAUGGAUCGUUACCAGAACUCAUGGCAGAGCCGACAAACGUGAAAUCAAUGUCUUUUGUCGGAACACACGAGUAUUUAGCGCCGGAGAUUAUCAAAAACGAAGGUCACGGAAGCGCCGUCGAUUGGUGGACGUUCGGGAUAUUCAUCUACGAGCUUCUUCAUGGAGCAACACCAUUUAAAGGACAAGGAAACAAAGCCACGCUUUAUAAUGUAAUCGGACAACCUCUUAGAUUCCCGGAAUAUUCUCAGGUUAGCUCGACGGCGAAGGAUUUGAUCAAAGGUUUAUUGGUAAAAGAGCCGCAAAACAGAAUUGCGUAUAAGCGAGGCGCGACGGAGAUCAAGCAACAUCCAUUUUUUGAAGGUGUGAAUUGGGCGUUGAUUCGUGGAGAAACACCGCCACAUUUGCCGGAGCCGGUGGAUUUCUCGUGUUAUGUGAAGAAGGAGAAGGAGUCUUUGCCGCCGGCGGCAACGGAAAAGAAGAGCAAGAUGUUUGAUGAAGCUAAUAAGAGCGGUAGUGAUCCUGAUUACAUUGUUUUUGAAUAUUUUUAGCCAUAAUCACCAUUAUAUAGUUGUAACACGAAACGUCGUC